UCAUGUGCAUUCAAAAACAAACUCAAUUAACCCCUACAUUCAUGUGCAUUGGGAGCUUAACCUUCAUUCAUACUACAUAUAUAUCUCAAUACUUUUUAGCACUUCAUUUUCUCUUGAAAUUUCCCUCACUCUCUCUCCCUCUCUUUCUUACACACACAAACACACAAAAAGUAAGGGAGAAAAAGGGAAUUUUGAUGAGGCAGAUGCAGGUAGAAGGUAGUGUCAAUGGAGAGUGUGUGGAAGCCUAAUGUUGAGAUAUCCCCAAAUUGCCCUCGGUGUGGUUCCUCCAACACAAAGUUUUGCUACUACAACAACUACAGCUUAACUCAACCAAGGUACUUUUGCAAGGGCUGUAGAAGGUACUGGACAAAAGGUGGGUCCCUCCGGAACGUUCCGGUCGGCGGCGGCUGCCGGAAGAAUAGAAGAGGUAAUAAAACCCUAAGACAAUCCCUUGAAGGCCUUAAUUUCAAGAAUUCAUCAUCAUCACCAUCACAUGAUCAUACCUCAAAUAACCCUAACCCUAACCCUAUUAUUGGCCAUCAUCAUUCUAAUAGAUCCUCAUCACCAGUGAUAGCUGAUGGACCAAACAUUGACCUUGCCCUAGUUUAUGCAAAUUUCCUCAAUCAAAAGCCAAAUUCAGGAGAUGGGGUGGUUGAGAACAAUAACAAUAAUCAAGAUCAUCAUCAUCAUCAAUUAUUGCAACCAGUUUUUGAUGAUCCUUCUCUAGAAGAUGGUCCAAGUAGUACUAAUUUUCCUCCUCAUCAAGAGUUUGGUCUUAAUGGAUGUAUAAAUCUUCCUGAGCUACCCAAAUUUGUUGGUGAGGGAAAUAACCAUCAAAUGUACUUAAAAGAGUUCAACUCUUCUAUGGAGAUUCAUCAUCAAAGGGAUAAUAAUAAUAAUAACAAUGAUGGACCAAUUGAGCAUUGUAGUAUCAAUACUUUUGAGUUGCCACCAUUACCGGGUGAUGAAGAAGCCUCACAUCAUCAUCAUCAUCAUCAACAUUUGAUGUGGUCAAAUGAUAACAAUCCUGAGAUGAUAAUGGUGAACCAUGAUGCCUUUCAUGAUCAAGUAGCCACACAUCAUCAUCAUCAUCCACCACUUUUUGGGAGUGAAGCUCAUCAUGAUGCUGACUUGUUAAUUGGUAAUUGGAGCCCCUUUGAUUUGCCAUCAUCAAAUGAUGCUUCUUCAUUUUCUAGGCAUCGGUGAUGAUAGGAAAAAAAAUUAAAAGUAUGAUUAUUUCUUCAUUGUUGCCUUUGUUUAAUUUUCUUUGUCAUUUAUAUGUAGUUAUGUAUAGAGAAUGGAUUAUUACUAUUACUAA